GGAACCCUCUUGGGCUGAAGGGUGCACCACUGCAAGAACACAUUGAACACACGUGUGCAGCACCCCGCCGUGCCCCACACAGGGACACCUCUUUGUUCUGCCUGCGGGGGACUCAGUUGAGCAAAGGCGAUGGGAACACAAAUAACUGCACCCUGGGUCCUCGGCUCCCCAUGCCUGAUCGAGUGCCCUGGCAUGUCUCUGAGUGACUGUGUGUGUGCACAGGACGAUGAUCUGCUGGCUCAGCCUUGGUACUCAGGGAACUGUGACCGCCAUGCUGUUGAGAGUGCCCUGCUCCACUUACAAAAGGAUGGGGCCUAUACCGUGCGCCCCAGCUCAGGGCCUCAUGGCUCCCAGCCCUUCACCCUGGCAGUGCUUCUCCGAGGCCGGGUCUUCAACAUUCCCAUCCGGCAGCUGGAUGGCGGACGCCACUAUGCCCUGGGCCGGGAGGGCAGGAACCAUGAGGAGCUCUUCUCCUCCAUGGCCGCCAUGGUCCAGCACUUCACGCGGCACCCUCUGCCCCUUGUGGACAGACACAGCGGCAGCCGGGAACUCACCUGCCUGCUCUUCCCCACCAAGCCUUGAGGCCACAGCAAAGAAUGCAGGUGUCCGCCCAGUUCACUAGGUCCUGGAUGAAGGAACUGCAGUGGCCUAGACCAGUCAGGGGACAGCACAGGCGCUGCCGGAACAGCAAAGGAUCCUCUCACAUCUACUUGUGGGCCUAGAGCAUCCUGAGAGGGACUGGCCUGCCUUGCACAAGUUUGCUUUCAAUAAACAUUUGUUGAAUG